CUUUUUGUAUUAUAGUUUUUAAUUUUAUUGUUUUUUCAAUUUAAAAUGAGACCUUUAAGUGAAGACGAAGUUCAAAUUGUUUUAAAGAAACUAGCAUCAUAUAUUGGAGAUAAGGUUCUUCAAAUGGUUGAAAAUAAUCAAUUUGGACAACAUUACUUCCGCCUACACAAUGAAAGAGUUUAUUACAUAAGUGAAAAUAUACUUAAAUAUGUUGGCUCCAUCAGUAGUAAAAAAUUGAUAUCGGCUGGAGUUUGUUUGGGAAAGUUCACUAAAUCGAAGCAGUUUAGAUUACACAUUACAGCGCUAGAGUACCUCUCAUACUAUUCUAAGAAUAAAGUAUGGCUAAAGAUGGAUCAACCUUUUCUAUAUGGUGGAAAUGUACUAAAGAAACAUGUCGAUCAAAUUAGUGAAGGAAUUGAACAGAACGCAGGAGUUGUUGUUAUGUCGAAAAACAUUCCUCUUGGGUUUGGAAUAACCUCAAAAUCCACAGAGAAUCUGAGGAACUCACUCCCAGAUGAUAUCGCAGUUAUAAACCAGGCCGACAUCGGACAUUAUUUACGUCAUGAAGAGGAAAUAAUUUAACACCAACAAUUUAUUUUUAAUCUUCUACGAAACGUU